UGCAACGUCAUCGAGAGCACACCUCACCAGGAAGUGCUGCACUGAGGAGCUUUUUGUUUUCACAAUAAUGAUGGAGGAAGAGGAAUUUGAAUUUGCAGAAGAUUUAGAGGCGAUUUUGCAUCUAACCCCGGAGGUUCAGUUAGCCAUUGAACAGGUGUUCCCGAGCCAGGACCCGCUGGACAGAGCAGACUUCAAUGCUGUGGAGUACAUCAACACACUCUUUCCUACUGAGCAGUCUUUGGCUAAUAUUGAUGACGUUGUAAACAAAAUUCGUCUAAAGAUUCGCCGCCUCGAUGACAACAUCAGGACGGUGGUGAGAGGACAGACCAACGUGGGUCAGGAUGGUAGACAGGCUUUGGAGGAGGCCCAGAUAGCCAUCCAGCAACUCUUUGGGAAAAUCAAAGAUAUUAAGGACAAAGCAGAGAAAUCUGAACAAAUGGUUAAGGAGAUUACGAGGGACAUAAAGCAGCUGGACCAUGCCAAGCGCCACCUUACUACUUCCAUCACCACCCUCAACCACCUGCACAUGCUGGCAGGGGGGGUUGACUCUUUGGAAGCAAUGACCAGAAAGAGGCAGUAUGGUGAGGUGGCUAACCUGCUGCAGGGAGUGGUCAAUGUGCUGGAACAUUUCCACAAGUAUAUGGGCAUACCUCAGAUCAGACAGCUUUCAGAAAGAGUUAAGGCAGCGCAGAGUGAGUUGGGGACUCAGAUCCUGGCGGACUUUGAAGAGGCGUUCCCAUCUCAAGGCUCCAAGAGACCAGGUGGACCCAGUAACGUGCUGAGAGAUGCCUGUCUGGUGGCAAACGUGCUCGAUCCUCGUAUCAAGCAGGAGAUCAUUAAAAAGUUCAUCAGACAGCAUCUUUCAGAGUAUUUGGUUUUGUUCCAGGAAAAUCAAGAUGUUGCUUGGCUGGACAAGAUUGAUCGCCGCUAUGCCUGGAUCAAACGACAGCUGUUAGACUAUGAAGAAAAGUAUGGGCGCAUGUUUCCUGAGGAGUGGUGCAUGACGGAGCGUAUUGCUGUCGAGUUUUGCCACAUCACCAGGGUGGAGUUAGCCAAGGUGAUGCGAACACGGGCAAAAGAGAUUGAGGUGAAACUGCUCCUGUUUGCUAUUCAGAGGACCACAAACUUCGAAGGUUUACUGGCCAAACGCUUCACAGGAUGCACCUUGACGGAUGCACCGGGGCAGAAGAGGCCUGAGAGCCCACUAGAGGCAACUAAUCCCUUUCUUGAAGAUGAUCCAGGAGAGGAUGUGGGCACAGAAAAGGAUGAAGAUCUUGUUAAGCCCAGGAAGCCCAAAGCUCCAGACAACCCUUUCCAUGGAAUUGUCUCCAAGUGCUUUGAACCUCAUCUGUACGUCUACAUUGAAUCCCAAGACAAGAACCUGGGCGAACUUAUUGAGCGUUUUGUGGCGGAUUUCCGAGCACAAGGCCCACCCAAGGCAAGCACGGAGGAAGGUGGAGCCGUGCUGCCCAGCUGUGCUGACCUCUUUGUCUAUUACAAGAAGUGCAUGGUGCAGUGUUCCCAGCUGAGUACGGGAGAGCCCAUGAUCGCCCUCACCACCAUCUUCCAGAAAUUCCUCAGAGAGUAUGCUUGGAAGAUUCUGUCUGGCAACCUUCCUAAAUCCAGCAGUAACAGCGGAGGACUGACCAUCACCAGUCUGCUGAAGGAAAAAGAAGGCUGUGAGGCGUCAAAGUUCACCGUAGACGAGCUCUGCUUGAUCUGCAGUAUUCUGAGUACUGCAGAAUACUGUCUGGCUACAACCCAACAGUUGGAAGAGAAGCUAAAGGAGAAAGUAGAUAAAGUUCUGGUGGAGAGAAUUAACUUGACUGGGGAGAUGGAUACAUUCAGCACUGUGAUCUCCAACAGCAUACAGCUGCUAGUUCAAGAUCUGGAUGCUGCCUGUGACCCUGCUCUAACUGCUAUGAGCAAGAUGCCAUGGCAGAGCGUGGAGCACGUGGGUGACCAGAGUCCUUACGUGACGUCCAUCAUCAUGCACGUCAAACAAAAUGUGCCGAUCAUCAGAGACAACCUCGCCUCCACACGCAAAUACUUCACACAAUUCUGCAUCAAGUUCACAAAUUCUUUCAUUCCCAAAUUCAUCAACCACCUGUUUCGAUGUAAGCCUAUAAGUAUGGUGGGAGCUGAGCAGCUCCUCCUCGAUACUCACUCCCUGAAGACAGUCUUGUUGGAUCUGCCCUCCAUAGGCUCCCAGGUGCUCCGAAAGGCGCCUGCCAGUUACACCAAGAUAGUGGUGAAGGGCAUGACGCGUGCAGAGAUGAUACUUAAGGUGGUGAUGGCGCCACAUGAACCACCAGUUGUGUUUGUUGACAACUACAUCAAACUUCUGGCUGACGGCAAUCCUGAGACCUUCCAGAAGAUUCUGGAUAUGAAGGGUCUGAAGCGCAGUGAGCAGAGCAGCAUGCUGGAGCUCUUCAGGCAAAGGCUCCCCACUCCGCCUGACGGGGGCCCCUCUUUGUCCUUCAGCACCCCCACACCAGAGCAAGAAUCUUCUCGUAUCCGCAAACUGGAGAAACUCAUCAAAAAGAGACUUUAAGUGGCCUCACGUCCACAUGACUGAUGCCGAUUUUGGGAGGACUAAAACUGUCAAAAAUAAAUAAAAAGCUACAUCAGUGGUUCAGUCAAUUUUUAUGACGUAUAAAUGUUAAAAAAUUAGAUAUGCAAUUACAUUAAUUUAUAUUUCUGCUUGAUGCUAAAGUUAAUGCAGCAAUUUAUUUACAUUGCCAGUUAAUUCUUUGUUUAAUUUAUUCAUUCAAUUCUUUAUUAUACAUUUUCUCUGUCAUUCACAAUGAAUUAUCUAUUAAUGGUAAUGAGGGUUUUUGAAAGACAGACCUCAUUUCCACAUCCGUACUUCUAUAAAUCAAUUAACAAUACAAAAUGAUACAUUGUGAAGGAAAGAAAAUAUAAAUUAAGAAAUUAAAAAUGUAAUUAAAAACAAUGCAACUAAAAUCAAAUGUCAAUGUGAAUAACUUUUUGUUUUGCAAAAAGCUAAAUAACUACUCCAAAUUCAUAACAGAAAUUUAAGUUGGUCACUUCUUACAUUUUUUUUUUCUUUUAUAAGCAUUUAUUGGCAUAUUUAUUCACUGAGCAUCUUUUUUCUUUUUGUCGGUUUCAGUCCUUGCUGAUGUGUCCUUCAGCCGUCUUGCAGGCUCCAUCGUGCUUUAUUCAGUUCUCUUGGAGAAUUACUGUGCAAAAGAAGUGGGGAGUUUCACUGCAACUUCUGUCAGAUAAAAACCAAGAUGAUGCUGUAUAAUGAAGAAACUUCCUCAACGGUUUGUCCGUGUUGCUACAUAUGACGUACUUGUGUAAUUUACCACCUCUCCUUUAAAGACACUGAAGUCUGAGCUCUGAGAAGCCUGAAUGUAGUGUUGUUAACUUGAUUCUGCACAGAAAACCUCUGACUGCUUCUCACAAUAUAUAUAUAACCCAAGAUCACUAAUAAAAAGGCUGUACUUUAUUAAA